AUGGCACUUAGUGGCCUGGCUUCUUUAGUAUCUCUAUUGUACUUUGCAUUACGCAAGAAUGAGUUUUUAGAGCAUCAUGCCAAGAUUCGCGCCAUCUUUGAGUGUUUCAACGAGCAAGUGGCUGAUUUUCAUAAUAGAAUGCCUCAUGUGGUGCAUGGCUAUGAUAAACGUUUGCUUUGUGACCCAAGUGUCAUUGCGACUGAAAACGAUUUUGAGCGUAAAAAAAGACUAGCACAACAAAGGCAAUCCAAACUCAUGGCUAGAUUUAAGAAGCAGCAGUCGCUGUUUCUUGAAAGAAACAAUCUUGCAGCAGAGUAUAGCGAUGCGGAGAUGGAGGACACAAAUAGCGAAGGUUGGAAUUUCCCAGGAGCUCAUUGUAUACUCUGCCAAGACACCGCUGAAGAUGCCGGCCCAUUUGGGUUGGUGGUUCACAUUUCUAGGUCAUCGGAGUUUAGAGAUGUGCCAUUUGAUGACAAGUACUGGUUCUUGAAAGCUUUCUCCGAUAGCUGUGACUUAAAUAAACCAUCAAGUGAUUGGGCGCCGGAGAUACAAUCUGAACCAUUUAAAAAGUUUAUGGCUAAUAAUGAGGAACAGUGCGUCAUCGGACCAGGAUUCCCCAGUUCGGGCCACGUUAGAAACGAGUUAGUUUCUCUGACAUGCGGUCACGGAAUGCAUUUCAAUUGCUAUGUUCAAUUCCUCGCGAGUAAUCGAUCGCGAUCAAACCAAAUCACGAGAAACACUCCCGAUAGUAUUGAUCAUCGUGAAUUUUUAUGUCCGCUUUGCAAGGCUCUUAAUAAUAUGUUUCUACCAGUUUUGUGGCUGGCUAAUAAUCGAUCAAUGAGGAAGUUUAUCAAAAAGGAUGAACUGAAAGGUGAUGCGUUUCAGACAUUGACAAACGCGGACUCUCACAGCGGACUAUGGCGAAAAGAAUUUUAUAAUGCUGCCUUGAAAGAUUUGAAGUCCUUUUCAAUAUUGACAUGCGCAGCCACGGACGUCAUCAUUCAGAACUCUGAUAACUCCUCGUCUAACGAGCAUCAGCUUUUCCGUAUCCUUCUUUCAAACAUGUUUCAAAAUCUAUCACUCUUGACUUUUCCACAAAUUUUAAAGGCCGAUUCAUCGGAAAUCCUUGUAAAUACAAUCAAAUCUACGGAAAUAAGUCUACGUGGAGUCCGUUGCACAUUUGGAUUGGUAUUUCAAGGUAUUUCGAAUAAUAGCCUUAUAAAUCUAAGAGCAUUGAAUGAGUUUAGGGUAACAUGUCUCUUAAUGAAGGUAUCCUAUCAUGUGAAAAGCUCGCUCAACAAGCAAGACACCCAGGAGAAAUUGCUUGCUAACCUCCUAUGUCUUUCAGAAGAGAGGCUCAGUGAAUCCAUUGUUGACCUAGAUUACUUCAAAUUAUUGGUGGACGUUCUCCCUUUGCCAACAGCCGGCUUUACCUUUUUUGAAAUCCUCAAUACUUGUUACAUUGGUCACAUAGUACAAUGUUUGUUUAAAAUUUCCGCAAAUAUUGUCGAAAAACGAUAUUUCAAGAACGAGAAUUUCAAUAUCCUAGACGUACCUUUCUCGAGUUUUAUUACUCCAGAGGACUCUGCCUCAGCACAUUACCUUUUCAGGGAACUCGUAAAAACAGGCGCGUUUGGUUUUUACAGCGAAGACAUAAUGGUUAGUCCGCAACUAGGCUAUGUGAUCUUCUCCAUGUUACUUAAAAGUGUUACGCCCUUUUUGCGUCGAGCUUCGAUCUAUGCUUUCAUAAAUUGUCCAUCGGAUUGUGAUCUUGAUCAUCAAGCACAACACAGGAAUGAAGCUGAUCUACUCUGCUCAUUUUUUAAUUUACCAAGUCUAAAUGAAAUUCUCAAGCGGAUGGCACAUGAGAACUCCCUGGCAUUCUCGAAGGAAAGAAGAGUUUUUGAUAAUUUCACAAAAUUCCUUGAACAAAAUGCCGCUACAUUUGCGGAUAGCUCGGUUUUAUACAGACAGCUUGAGUAUCCUGGUAUAGUACUGCUCGUUAGGUUGCCAGAGAGAUUAGAUGACUUCUUCACGAGGUUUUAUUACCUGGAGAAACACGAUUUUCCGCAUCUAUCCGUCGAGAAUCCAGCAAUUUGCAUGUUUUGCGCCGACGUGAAGGAUUUACAAAGGACGGCUCUUGGCAGCCCUCACGGACAAUGUAACACUCACUACAAAAAAGAGUGUCGGAAUAGUGUUGGAAUCUUUCUCCUUCCGAAGGAAAGGUCUCUUCUACUACUCAGCAACAACGGUGGAUCUUUUCAUCCCAUACCGUAUCUAGAUCUGCACUUUGAGGUUGCUGGUGAUAACAAGAAGACCAAGGCUGUGUUUUUGCUGUCGAAGAGAUAUGAGGACUUUACGAAAGGUCUUUGGUUGCAGCAUAACAUAUCAAACUACAUCGUUCGAAGACUUGAUGGAGUUAUCGACGCAGGAGGCUGGGAGACGCUAUGA